AAUAGAUACAUGCUUUGCUCUACUCUUCACAAACUCUGCACUUGUUCUGACACUUUCAAGUACCGCAGACAUAUAGGUUCGAAGAAAGACAGCGCUGCUCUGCCUGAGAGAUAUUUCAAUUUGCAAAAGGCGGACAAUUCAUUCCUCCUUUUUCUUCACCGCCGAUUUGCGUUUGUCGUUGAGCUGUUAUCUUACGAGUUUAUUAAUUGUAGUGAUAAAAUGGUUCAGAUAUUCCCUGACCUAGGAAAGACAGCCAAAAAGCUUUUGGAAGAUGACUACUGUUUCGACAACAAAGUGACUUUGAAGUCAGCCACAAGCAAUGGUGUCAUAUAUACUUCGGAAGGCGUUCAAGACGCCGUCAGUGGUUCAGUUUCUGGUGAACUACAAGGAGAAUAUAAACAAAAGGGCUACAACGUCACAACUAAGCUGAAUACUUCGGGUACCUUCUUUUCCGAAGUUGCCUUGGAAGAAGUCGGAGUGAAAGGUCUUCGAGUUGUAUUGAACACGACAGUCGGAAAAAGUCCCGCCGGAAGCAUAGGAUUGGAGUAUUUGCACUCUGCACUAGCGGCAACUUCUUAUCUCAACUAUGCUAGCAAUCCUGUCAUCAACGGCAGUUUGGUUAUUGGACACGGAGGUUUUAGCAUUGGUUCUGAAGCUGUAUUCGAUACAGUAAACAACUCACUUUCAAAAGUCAGUGGUGCAUUUAAUUAUUCUGAUGGCAAGGGCAGUGAAAUAACACUAAGUAUAUUGGAAAAGGGUCAAAUGGGAAAGUGUACGUACUCCCAUCAAGUUUCAUCCAAUUUCGCCGUUGCUGCAGAUCUUCGUUUAAGUCGUUCUGGUGACUAUCGUUUGUUCUCGAUGGGUACAAAAUACGUGUUGGAUGACUCUACAACCCUCAAAGCAAAAGUAGAUUCGACUGGUUCACUAGCUGCAGUAUACAUGCACAUGAUCCGUCCAAAGACUUGGGUUUCCGUUUCUUCUCAAGUGAACCUCAACUCACUUGAGAAAGGUGGACAUAAAGUAGGGUUUGCUUUAGCAGUUGAACCCUAAAAUACUUCUUUUUGACCAGAAUUCUGUUAUUCAAGCGUCGCAUGUUCUUUUUUCUGUUAUUUUCGCUAUUAAAUCUCAAAUUUUUUUU